AUGCAGAAGCUGGCUUCCUAAUGGCUGAUAGGAGGGGAAGUGAAAGCUACCCUAUGGUCAUGUGAUAUGAGCAGUAGCUCCAGCUAUGGAGAACCUUGAGACUCACGGGUUGCAGCUCCUCGGGAAGCUACCUGCCAGUCAGUGCCCGCAGUUUCUUCAUAAAGUCAUAGAUGGAAUAUGUGGUCGUGCACAGCCUCGUUUCCGAGAUUAUGGCAGUGUCUGGAGCUUGAGGGAAUGGCUAGAGGUUUUGGAGGAAUUCUCAACUUUUUUUAAAACUAGCAUUGGCAAAAAUCAAACUCCAGAGGAGGUUGUUAACCAUUUAAAUGGCCUAAGUCCAGACCAUCAAGAGGCAAUUGUAAAGUGUUUGAAAAGCAGAAAUCCUGAAAUAGUUGAAGCCCUUGUGGAGAAGGUGUGCGGAAUGUCCUCUGCUUUCUUACAGGACUUUGACUGGCAGCUGAAACUUGCCCUCUCCAGUGAUAAGCUGUCAUCAUUACAGAUGCCGCUUGUAAACCUCGAUCUGGAUAUUCAAGGAAAUGGUGCUGUUACUCCAGUGUCUAUUGAAAUGAACAAAGAGGAAUUGCAGAAUCUUAUAAACUCAUUGGAGGCAGCAAAUAAGGUUGUUCAGCAGUUGAAAUGACUGGGAUCAGAAUAUCAUGACUGCAGUUUAACACUUCAGUGAAAACCUUAACAUGUUCCUGAUGUGGCAAGAGUUUUCUGUACUCAUUUUAAAUGAUUAGGAUGGUAAACAUCACGGAGAUCAUUGAAUGUAUGCAGGCUCGUGAAAUGUUCUUACUUCAUGAAUUGGCAGUGUAUGGAAGCCAACUACAGACUAAACAGAAUCCCUUCCAUGUUGGAGGGAGAUAUUUCAAUUAAGCCUUCUAAUUCCGAGGAAUGAAGUAUAUCCUUCUUAGAUGUUUUUUCAUUGUACUGAAUUUCUUCGUAUUGUCUUUGUUUUCCUGUAAACCAUUUGUGAUAAUAACGGAACUAUAUUUUGUUUACCAUUUUCCUAAUUACAUCAAAUGGUUGUUUUCUCUGAUCCAGGUGUACGCUUAAAUGCUUGUUCAACAGUGCACAAUGUAAUCUAAUGAUUUAAUGCACUUCAAUACACAUUUCAUUUUUUUAA